AUGACACCAACAAAGAUUUUUAAUAUUGCAGAAAGAAGAAAUUAUACCCCAAAUCUAACUUCCACUGAUUAUGAAAGUAACUUUUCGAAUAAUGGAAUGCCACUUGUCAUUGAUAAUGUACAAUUUGAUAACCUGGUGGCAAAAUAUAGAGAUCGUAAACUUAAUCAAAGCAUGUUAUUAGUUGGUAAUGAUAUUUAUACCGAUGCAACGGCAAAAACGAAUGCAAAAUCUGUGUUUGAUGGAAAUGUUGUUUAUAAUUUUGAAACUAUGGAAUAUAUCUUGGAUUACAUAUUCGUUAAACUUGGAGUAAAUAAGGAAACAGUAAAUCAUCCAAUAUUAAUGACUGAACCCAUUUGUAAUCCUAAUCAUUCAAGAAAAUUGAUGUCUGAAUUAUUAUUUGAAUGUUAUCGUGUUCCUUCGAUAUGUUAUGGAAUUGAUGCUCUUUUUAGUUAUUACGCGAAUGGAUUGUCAUUUGAUGAUGGAGGUGUUGUCAUAUCAUCUGGUCAUACAACAACUCAUGUUAUACCGGUGGCUCGUGGUCGUGGAGUUUUGGAGCAAACUAAAAGAAUAUCUUAUGGUGGAUUAACUUCCACUGAUUAUAUGUUAAAAUUGAUGCAACUUAAAUAUCCAACUUUUCCUACAAAGAUGACUAUUAAUCAAGCACAACACCUUGUACAUAAUUACACUUACGUGGCGGAAGAUUAUUCUUCGGAAUUGAAAGAAUACACCGAUCCAGAAACUUUUGCAAAAAAAGAUCGAAUUAUUCAAUUUCCUUAUGUUCCACCGGCCAAUGAAAAAACUGAAGAAGAAUUGGCUAGAGCGGAAGAGAGACGACAGGAACAAGCACGUCGAUUAAAAGAACAGGCCGCAAAAUUACGUGAGAAAAAGUUAAAAGAUCUUGAGGUCUCUCUGAAUUUCUACACGGAACUAAAAACAAGUAAAACAUCAAUAAGAAGAUCAGAAUUUAUGUCAAAACUUAAAGAAAAUAGAAUUAGUGAUGAGAUGGAAUUAGACGAAACAAUUCAAAAAACCGAAAAAGCUGUUCAAAGAGCAAGAAACAAAUUAUUGGGAAUUGAUGAAGUUGAGAUAAAAGAAGAACCUACCUUCCCAUUAAUUGAUAUACCAGACGAAAGAUUGAAUGAUGUUGAAAAAAAAGAGAAAAAGAAACAAAUAGCUGCAAAAAGUCUUCACGAAUCUCGUCUAAGGCAACGAGGAGCAAAAGAACUAGCUAGGCGACAGCAAGAAGAAGAAGAAAAAAUGGAAGAACAAAGACGGCAAAUGGAUUUUGAAGGAUGGUUAAAUGAACUGAAGCGUAAUUACCAGACACAAUUUGAUAAAGUAAAAAGUCUAAAACGAAAAAAAGAACAACUUUCGGAUCGAAGAAGUCACGCUUCACAAUUACGAAUGAAAUCAAUAGCUAAUUUAGCUAGUGAUACGCCUCAACAAAAGAGGAGAAGAAGAGGGCAAGAUGAAGAUACAUUCGGAAUGGAUGAUAAUGAUUGGUCAAUUUAUAAAGAAAUUAGUAAAGAAGAGGACGCGUGGGAAGAAGAGGAAGAGCUUUCUCAAUUGAGAGAAUAUGAAACAAAACUUCUCCAAUAUGAUUCAACAUUUUUACCAGAACAUACAUUUGAUGCAAAGAACUCUCUUAAAAAUUCACUUGUAUUCAUGUUUACGCGUGGAGUUUCACCGCCUUAUGAUCCGGAAGAUUUUGCACAAAUGCAUCAAUUACAUGUUAAUGUCGAAAGGAUAAGGGUUCCUGAAGCAUUAUUUCAACCAAGUAUAGUAGGUUUGGAUCAAGCUGGUGUUGUAGAAACUUUUGGAGAAAUUGUCAAUAGAUUUGAUGAAGAACAAAGAAGAAAAAUGUCAGUAUUUUUGACUGGAGGGCAUACUCAAACCCCCAAACUGCUAAAUAGAUUAAAUAUUUCACUGAAAUCUAUUUUAACAGCCGGAUCACCGCUUAAUAUUAUUCAUACAAAGGAUCCGGUUCUUGAUGCAUGGCGAGGUGCAGCAAUGUGGUCGCAAACGGAUGAAUUUCAAAAUUCCGUUGUUACCGUAGAAAUGUAUAACGAAUGUGGUGGAGAAUAUUUUAAAGAACAUAGAUUUGGAAAUGUUUAUAAAACGUAA